AUGGCAAAAAUGAAAACUAUAUCCGAUGCCAGGUUUGAACAUAAUGGAACUUGGAAAUUAAUCGCUAUAAUAUUGAGCAACCUCGGCAACCCCGAUAACACCGGCAACACCGACAACAUCGACAACACCGACAAUAUUGACAACACCGACAACACCGAUAACACCGACAACACCGACAACCUAUGGCCGCUCACUUUAUUCAAAAUGAAAGGACGCGUCCACGGAACGGAUGUUUGUGAGCUCGCGAAUUGCCUUACCUACGUCCAGGUAAACAUCUACAACACCGACAUUUUAACUUUGAAAGAACAUGGCUUCGACAUUGAGGAUUGGCUUAGGGACACAGGCUACCGUUCUAUCAUAAUGGACGUGCCAGUUCUUAAUUCUUUGAAUGAGUCUGCAGGCGAGAUUGUGGCCAGACGCAGACAUGAUGCGGAGAAAAAAUUACAAAGGGGAAAGAUGGUCGUCCAUACUCCUGACUUACACGAUGAUGUUCUCACACCUAAAUCGUCCUCAAAGCCUCCAAAUACCCUUAGACAUGCUCUAGCGAAAGGAAAUGGAGAGAUCUCAGAAGAUGAAACACUUUACGAGGAUUGCAAGCUGUUGUCAGGAGAGGAACCGCAUAUUGAUACUGCAAUAGGAGAAACUACAUCAAUGGGUUGUGCCAAAGACCGUCAUAGUAAUUCUACCCUCCACCACAGCAUCCCAACAUUGGAGAGGCCUACGAUUACCCGGAAUAAUGGUGUAGAUGAAGAAAUGUCAGGACUCGUAAGCGCUACCGCUGGACACAGAGCAGACGAUUUGAUGAGCGAUGACACUUCUUAUGUUAUCACCGAACUGCGUCCCCCUAUCGCACCACUGAACAUCAAAAGCUCGGAAACCAUCGAACAAAACAACACUGCAUCCAAUAUAGCAGCUAUAAGCCCAUCAGAAUCUCGUAGUAUAAAUGCUGAUAGUUCUAUAGUGCAUGACACUGGAAACGAAGCCGAAAUGUCACCAAAGGUGAACGCUCCUGCAAGAAAAGGCAGAUGGAAGAAUCACCAGUUAUCGCCUUUUGUAAGGACCUUUGAGUGCCACUACCCGGCGUGUACCACCAAAAUCAUAUGGCGUCCAGGAUAUGGUAAGAAUCGCUUGGUCACUCAUGUAAGAAUUCACUGGGGAAAGAAGCUGAAGAAGUGCAGGCAUUGCGAUUACUCGGCUACACACUGGGGCGGGAUUUAUCAACAUCACCAACGCAAACAUCCAGAUGAGGAAUUUGCCGGUGCCAUCGAUCUUGAGACAGAGGAAGAUAUGAGAGAGCUGAUGGAACUUUGGAGGCAAUGUUAUCCAGCUCUACCUUGGCAACGAUAUGCACGUACCAUCCCUAUAUACUAGCAUUUGAUUGCUAAAUAUAGAAAUUGACAACGUCGUGGCCUGGCAACAACGUCUUAUUUUUCCAUAGAAUAUCGGCUGUAAGGUACACAACCAUCCAUCGUCAUUUCUAUUGCAAAGCGUCUACAUUUGAAACUUAGCUAAGUCGCAGUACACACCGCCAGCCAUCUAUUUUUUGCUGUCAGCCGUGUUCAGGUGCUGUUGAAGAAGAAUUUUGUGACCGUAAGCUGGCACGUAUCACACGCGCAAGCCGUUUUCUACAUAGCUGUCAUAAUGUUUAGAGCAUAUGUAUUUUGUUUGUUUGUCGUCAACUUAUAGUAAAUUGUUCUUGUAUAUCUUAUGCUACUUUGUGCCUGUAAAAUUUGUGUCUUUGUCCUAGUAAGUUUCUGUAGUCCACCAAGUGCUGAAUAAUUAAGAAAUCUAUGUUGAUGCGCUGUAUCUCGUUUGCUGUGUUUUUAUUCAGGUGGUCAUCAAAUAAUAUGUAUUUAGUGUUUUAUAGCGUAAU